AUGGCCCGGCGGCAGCAGCGGCAGCAGCAGCAGGAGGAGGAGGCCGCGCCCGCCGCUAGGCCGCAGGCAGCCAGCCGUUCCCGUCAGGCCCGCGCGCCACCAGGCCUCGCCGCCGCCGCCGCCGCGCUGCUCGCCUGCCUGGGCUGCUGCUGCUGCUGCGAGAGGGGAAGGAGGCCGGGAACAGGGCGGGGGGGGGGCGUGUGGAGGAGGAGGAGGCGGCGCCGCCACUGCUGCUGCCGGGCGGGGGCUCCGAGGAGUAACAGCCCCCCCCGCAGGCUCAAACGGGUUAGCCGACAACAGUCCUGCGAGGUAGGCCAGGAGUGGGGGGGGCCCGCGCCUGGAGAAACCACCCCCCCGCCCGGCCGGGCAUCAUUUUAUUCGCCAUCUCCAGCCAGGGCGCCGACCUCCCGGGUUGCUUCCAGACGCAGCCCGGAGAGCUGGCCCCCCGCCAACCUGCCCCCUCCCUCGCAUUCCUUUCCCACAGGCAUCUGGAACUCCCUGCCACUGCUGCCUGGGAACGGCAGGCCGCCCGUCAGAGACGACGGAGAUGGCUCUGCCGCGCUUUUCAGCCAAAGGCUCCCCAGGGGUUUUACCUGCUCUCCCCCCCCCAUGGAGCAGGAGCUGGUUAUAAGGGGGGCAGUUAAUUCUCCGAGCCCUGCCAGGGCUUCCCCGCUCAGGGCACGAGGAGGGCGGCAGGCUCCCCCGCAAGGCAUGUUCCUGAAGUGUCUGUGUUUGUUGACAAAUAUGAAAGAGCCGGGAAACAAGCAAACAUUUCCAGGGCAAACAUACAACCACAAGGAAAUAUUAUUCAAAACACAAGUGCGGGGCGGGGAGGGGAGAACAGCUGGAACAUUUUCUUCCAAAUUGAAGCAAAAGUCUUCAUCUAGGACCAAAGAGACAGAAAAACAGGUAGGAGACAAGCCUUCUGGAGAGCACAUUCCAUAAACGCCCCAUCGCUGAGAAAAAUUGAACAUAUUUUGAACAGGCUCAGGAAAAGGGCUUUUCACACAAUUGAAGAUGUUUUAGUUGUUUUCCCCAGCAGAAAUAUCCGGAAGAAAAAGAAGUGGCAUUAAUGCCGGGCACCCGUGACCAGAAGAUGUGGCAAUGGUCACUAGCCGAGAUGGUUAAGAACCAUGAUAGCUGGAUGGAACCUCCAUAUCCAGCAACAGUAAUCCUUGGGUUAUUGCAUGCUGGAAAUAGGGGAUGGCUAUCUAUCACCAUCCUGAUCUUGUGCGGAUCCGCUCCUUCUGUCAAAAUGAACGAUCUACAGGGAACACCAACUCAACUUCCAGAUUUGCAUAAAUAUGUCUUUUUUUCAGAAUGGCUAUUCUCAGCUGCAGUUCCUGAUUUCAGUUUGUGUUGAGACAGCAGUAAUCAAACUUCAGUGUUUUAAUAUUUUCCCUUAUAAAGCACGCCAAGCCUUUGGAUAACUGCUGGCUGUGUUUUCAAUCCUACAGAGAACAAGCAACAAACCAGGAACAAAGCUUAUAAAAAAGAAAUCCUAAACCCAUAAAACAAUGACUCUGACAUUGAUUUAGAUUGCAUACUCAAGAUCACUUAAUGUCAAUGAGUUACCCCUUAAGACAUUUAUUGAUUAAUUUAUUCAAACCAGAGUAUCAAAGGAGUGUGUAUAUAGUACAAAGGUUAAACAGAUGAGAAGGAUGAAUUAAUUCUACCAGGACUCCAACUUGCAGUUUUCUGAAUGUCACCAGUAUGUUCCAAGUCCCUCCAAUAGAUGCUACCACAGAAUCAUGGGGCAAGUCACUUCCUUACUGCAGCACUGAGUGGUUACUUGCUGACAUGGGUGAACCAACGAAACAGCACAGGUAGGACUUUAAUAUCACCUCCCUUUCAGUAGUUUCUGCCAGUGUUGGGGAAUCAUGUGGUGCAAAUGCACAAUUAUUCAUCAGUUUUUGUAGGGACCCUAAUUUUUAAAGUCACUUCAAUCCAGAUAAUCUAGUCUGGAAUGUGGAAAAAGGGUUUCACACACUCUGGGCCUCUAAUCAAUCACAGCUACUUGUAUGCCCGUGUAAAUGCAUUCAGCCCUAGCUGAAGCAGGCAGGGAGAUCAGACAGGAAGACUCUGGCCCUCUCCAUCAGCUUGGCUAGCCCGGGACCAACUGCCUUACGACACCUUUUCUUCCAGAGCCGUUUCCUCAGUGGCCAUAUGCAACUGGAAAGUUUGGCCACCUGCAUUUAUUUGUGUUUGUCUUUUCUCCUGUAUCCCUCUUCCUUUUGUAUCUUCUCUGUUAGACCAUAAGCCUAUAGGAAUGAGCACGGAACGGUUCAGAGGCCCUUUUACGGGCCUCCAAGCCAGUUCGAAUGUCCGGUGGUUUGGCUGGUUCGAAGUAGCGGGCGGCGGAUAUCUUUAAGGACACGGGGGGUGCUCUUACCCCUCCUGCCACAUUUACCCCACCAGCCACUUCUGGUCCGAGGAGGCACCAGGGCAGCAAGGAGGUAUGCUGCCGGCCCACCAGACCGUUUUAAAAGACAGUGCCAGAAGGGAAGAUACGACCGGAAGGGUAGGAGCACACACACACACACAUACACCCCUUCAAACCGGCAGGUGCUGAUUCCGUGCACACCACUAUAAGCCUAAGUCAGGGCCUGUGUUGGUUUUUAAUCUAUGUAUAGCGCUGUAAAUUUGUUUAUCAGAUUUCAUACCUCAUCUUUCAGAUCCAAGUACACCAGUUGGCUUACAACUAAGAUAAAAAUAUAAAAAUAAAACACAGUCCCUAAAACGCCCCAACAGAACAGCAGCAGAUGAAAGCCAGGCUAACACCAAAUCAGUUAGAAGCCCUUCAAAACUUAAAGAUUUUUACAGCCCUCUUAAAAGUAGCUAGAGAAAGGGCCAAAUGAAUCUCCCAGGGAAAGAAUCCUACAGUUGUGGGGCUGCUACAGAAAAAGUCUUGUAGAGGUGGCACCAAACUAAUACAAGAUGUCAGCAAGCUAGAGAAUAGGUCCAAUCUUAAAACCCAAGCAGGUUCAUGUGAAAAUGUUGGGCACUUUAUGAAUAAAUAUUGUAUGCAUGAGCAAGCCAACCCAAAGAGUGAGAUGGAAUCCCAAACUAGCCAUCCAUUCCAACCACUUGUUUUAAGACAGAGCCAACUCCCUGAUCAGCAACCCUGCCCAGAGUGGCUGAGGACACUGCAACUACUAGGCGCCACAACCAAAGAGAACCCACAGCAAAGGGCUUUCAGAGCAAAUGAAAGCUCAUGAGAGGCAGCAUAUCCAAAGGCUGGGUAAGUAUAAGUAUAUAUGCCAUAGAUAGAUAGAUAGAUUAGAUUAGAUUGCAGGGAGAGAAUACGUCCGGCCAGGUGCCAAAUUCCUUCUCAACUCUGAACAUGGGACUGGAUCCAAAGAGCCUCUCGACUAGUUCCACGUGCCCAAGGAAGGCUGUGUUUCUCAAGUAGAAGGCAGCUCCCACCCCAUGCCACUUAACAAGUCUCUUUUGAAACUGAGGAACAUUUCAAGUGCAGUUCAUGAUAUGACAUGAGGGCCUACUAGUCAAGAGGAGGUAGAUACGCCCCCCUGAAUGCCUCUUUGGAACCUGACUAUGGUGACUAACCAGAUCCUGAGCAAGAUUCAAAUUCUGUCCCCAAAGGGAGAUGUAAUUACAUCUCUCUCCACUCCACCUAAUGUCCUGUUUCUGAUUUGACAAUUCCCGAUGCCCUCUGAGGGAGGAGGAAGAAAACCUCAACAACAUCAUAUGCAAGGAAGGUGAGGUGGGGGGAGAAACAUAUUUGAGAUGUUCAGGCUCCCUCCCCUGAGGAAUAUUGCUAGUCUUAACAGAACUACUCGAACAUGUCACUCAAGGAACCUUAUUUUCUUAAAAAUUUUGCGUUAGACAAAAUUGGGUGGCUUUAGCAACAACCCUUCUUGAUGCUGGUGGGCCACAAAUGAAGAGAUACCAACGAUACUGCCUGCACACACUGAUACCCUUGUUCAACUUAGUGGGGCAAGCUGGAGAUUCUGCCCUUUUCUUGCAAAGCAAAAUGAAAAGGUGCUUAAGCACCACCAGUGCCACAGAAAACAUUCCGGGUGAAAAGUACAGAUUGGGCAACAUUAACAAUGUUUCCCAAGCUCCUUCCUCUGGCUUCAAGGGCUGUGUAAUUGUUUUUGCUAACCUAUAAAUUUUUGAGUAACAACAAAAUUAUUGUGAUUUUUCUUACUAAAUUAUUCAUACAUUACAAAGCAUGUAUGUAACAAGGCCCAUGAAUCACAAGGCAUAUAAUGACCAUAUCUUAAUGUCAUUUCUUCAAAGAAGAAGAAUUCAAAUAGAUUUAUGUAUUUGGGUUAACUAAGGCACACUGACUUUAUAGUGUUCAUAAUUCUACUCCCCCCACCCCAAAGAAAUUUCACGCAUUGUCUUCUUAAACGUGCUACAUUUUUAACAUUUGGGUUUUAAAACUGAAAGCUUUUUUGGGGAGGGAGGACCCAGGCUUGAGUGUUAACAAUGGCUUUACAUUGCAUUUUGCAGUUGGGGGUCAAUUAGGAUUAUUAAUAUCACUGAAAGAAAGGUCUUGUAAUGAACUAGCCUAGUACUCACCAAGUGUGCUUAAAAUGAUGCUAGUAUCAUUAAAAUAACACUUCAUUACAUGUGUUCUACCUUGCUUUUAAAACAACACUAUGCUGUAAAGACCAGCUGUGAUACUAUUUAGAAUCACUUUUUAUAUGAGACAGUAGAUGCACAUUUGUGUUUUAACCAACAAAUACUUCUCAUUUGAGCUUUGCUUAACUGCACUAUCCCUGGAAUAUGCACACAAUCAAAGUGUUCCUGGUAUGUUUGCAGUUCCUAGAGAGACAUUCAGUAGCAGUUUGACAUAAAUAGCCUCCACAUUAUUGUGAUGUCAUUAUUUUAUAAAAUGUACUACCAUAUAUUUGCUCUAACACUAUGAAGUAUUAAUGUAAAUAAUUAAGCUAUACAAAUCUAAGCAGCAGCAAAUCUAUGUCUGUGAUAAAUCCUCCUGGCUAAUUUAAACUAAAUCUGUUCACUUGCAUCCUUGUUUGGCGAGGAAGUACAUGCACGUUGACUAUCUACGUGAGUAAUUUAACUGGUUUCUUCUGCACUGUUCAUAGUGGUAAAACUAAGGGUUUUGCAAGAUCAGUCAUUGCCCGAUCAACCAAGACCAAGAAUUUGUGUCAAUCAUGGAUAAAAAUAAAUAAGACUUGACUCUCUCUGUACUGUAAGUCUCUCAACAACAGAAUUUGUUGGGAUUGCUUCACUAUAAAAGAGGCUCUUUGUGGCUUCUCAGCGAGGGCCAGUUCCCCAUGGCCAUUCUGAAAUGUGAAGGUCACUGGGACUGCCACUGGGGAACAGUCCCCAUUGAACACAGUGGGACAUACUCCUAAUCACUUGCACAGGGUUGGACUGUACUAGGUUUCUCUUCUCACUGCUAUCUGCUACUUGCAUGUUUGGUUUGCUCUAGAUAACCUAUGAGAGAAGUUCCAAUAAUCUAGUUUUUGGUUUAAUUUAAGUUCUGUUUAUUUAAAACAUGUUUCUAAAAUGGCUGAGUAUCUACAUAUCCAAAUGCCAAAAUGGAGCCUAAACUCAUGAUUUCCACCAAAGUCAAUGGGAUCAGCGAUACAACUGCUGCUUUUGCCUUUUCAGUACCUCUAACUUAAAAGAAAAAAGUACUACUCAAAGCUAGGUUGGAGUUCUAGAACUCAAAGAAAUUCCCAUAGAUCUCAGAAAUUGAUCUUUAUACAAACAUAGAUGCUUAAGACCAUUACAUAUCGACAUUAGUAGGCAUUAAUGCAAGCAGGGCAUUUCCAUUAGCACAAAUACACAAAACAUCCAAGACAUCCAGCCAUUUGGAUUAGCAAACAAGACUCCAUGGAAUGAGGCUUCUGCUAAUAAUGUUUCUUAUUGUUGGGAAAUCUCUAGCGGACCAAAUUUGUCAAACACACAAAAGGUCUAAGAGUGAAAUAUAGUAAUUAAGACUCGCACUUUAUUGAUUAGGCACCUUAAGUAAUUUUUCAUUCCUAAGAUAAGAUUUAAUACGUAUAAGUAGUUAAAGAUUCUGCCUUGGCAUUAGCCGUUAGCAUGUAAUUGAACUAGUAAAAAAGAUCAGUUUAACCUAUGUUGAUUACCACCUUAUCUUCGAAAGGCAAUUAAGGACCUCAAUCAUUGCAACAAGAUUUGAUUGUGUGGCCUUUAUUGGACAUUGAUCUUUCAGCAAAGCACAGUUACAUUUUCCAUUAAUUUACAGUAACACAGUUUAGCUCCGAUACCCUAGACCGCUGACCCGGGUAAGAUGUCAGGCUAAGCAUUCGUUUGAGUUAAGAUGCUCCCACUAGUCAUUACUGUUUAAAAGGGGGAUGCUGAAAAAAUGCAGAUACCUAUCAACUAAGUUUAGACUAAGGUUUCAGUUAUCAGCAGCUGCUUCAUUGCACUUAACAACAAAGUUCCCAGCCUUUAUAAUGCCAUCUCCCUUGCUCUUUUAAACAUCAUCCUUGUAGAGGGUGAAAGAGAUAAUUAAAGCAAGAAGUACAAGGCUACUCCUAUUGUGUUUCAAAGGAGAAUAGAACAGAUCACGUUUCCUGAAAGUUGAAGGGUCAUUAUGUAUUUCAGGCAUCUUAGAUGUACAAACACACAAGUACAUAUCAGAUGUGUGUAGAAUAUGCACUGGACAGAAUGGCUAAGAAUCAAAGAGCUACUUGGGUUUGUGCUCACCCAGUGCAAUUUUUGAAACUCCCUUCAAAGCCAAAUUAACAUGUAAGCUGGGGUGGGGGUGGGGGAGGACUGAUAUUCAAGAAGCAUGCAUUUUAAUUCUACAACUGGAAACUCCUCUGGGCCAACAGACUAAGCGAUUCCAUGUUUAUUAACUAACAAAUGCUUUCAGGCAUUACAAUGUUGACAAAGUAGUUCAUUAUUUAGUCAACAGGAUAGCUAAUUUAAGCCAAUUUUAUACCAUCUGGAAAUUACGCUUUUUAUAUUUUUGGUGGUAGUUUUAUUGUGCUGUUUUUAUUUUAUGAUGCUUUGCAGGCCUGUGGCAAACAAGGUUUAGAUUUUCUAGUCUCCUACAAAAGAAGAUUAGAUUAGAUACUCCAUAGAUUAGAUUGUGUAAGACAGCAUGAUGAGUACAGGUGAUCCUCGUUAUCUGUGGACUCCGUAUUAGCGGUUUCGCAUAUCCGCAAUUAGGUCUUAGAUACCCAGUUUCAUUAUCUGCGGGUAUAAAAAUAGUAUCUGCCAUUUUAAGUGGCUGGAAUUGACUUCCGAUGUCAUUUCCAGCUGUCAUUUCCCAGCAGACAGUCAUUUUGUGGCUCUUCUCUUUUUUUUGGUGAAUAUUCGAACAUUUUCAGGGUUUGGAGGGCAUUGGUGGAGACCUGGGAAAUAAGGUACUGUCUUUUCCUUCUCUUAUUUCUGCCCCGCUUGCUUUUUCAGCCCCACCUUUUUUUCCCUAGGAACCUAACCCCCCAAAUCCCACUGACAGAGUUUCGUUAUUCGCAGUAUCCGUAUAAGAUACAUGCAUGGGAUACAUUGGAUCAUUGUGUGUUUCUUCUUAAGCCUUUAAUACCUGAGCCAACCAACAACUGCCCGAAAAGAAUGUCCACAGUGAAAAAUAUUUGGAAACUACAAAAGGAAUAGUCACUGAAAGUUUGAUGGAGGCCUUGGCUGUCAAGAAAAACUGAGGUCUGUGCCUAAUAUCAAUAAGAAAAUGCAUGGACAUCCUUUUCCAAAUUCCAUAGUCACAUGUCCUCUACCACACAUGUAAAAGAAGUAGGAAGCAGCCUUGACUGAAAAGGAAUUGAGAACCUCACCACCAGCACUCCAAGAAAUCAAUCAGUUCCCCAGAAAACACAUGCAUUCUCUCAAACAUCUACAGAAAGCCUUACAUUUUAUGAAUAGCAUCCAUUCCCUUUAAGUACUUCAACAGGUCCUGCACAAGUCUUAAUGAAUCCAGCAAGUGAUAUUAUUAUAUUUGAACUCUGCCCUCAGCCAUCUUCCAAGUUCAUCCUUCACUAUGAUCAACUCCAGAAGUGCAAGAGGUCCAUUGAUUUUAAUGUAAUAAAAGCAAAUAUUACAUUUGCUUAAUUGUUACACAGUGAGAGCAUUGAGCAAGAAAUCAAGUCUCUAUUUAAUGCUGCAAGCAGCACUGAAUUGUGCAGGAUCAAUAAGGUAGUUUGUCAAGGAGCUUCUCCAAGGAGGGUUGCCCAUCACUGUAUGGACAAGGAGUCAUGUUACCUCCACUUAUCGAAAAACAGGUAAGCAAAGUCAGCAGUCUCCAUUAUCAGAAAUCAAAUAAGCUGCAGCUAGUAGAGGGACCACUCCAAGGAGAAGCUUUAUUUAUAGUGUGGUAAUUAAAAACCAUUUUAUCAGUCUUGUGUUGGGACCAAACCUUUACAGCGCAAUAUUGACAAAAUCAGGAGCAAUGAAUGAGCAGU